AAAAAAGUGACAUAAAUGGCGGAAAGCAAACCUAGCGCCAACAUUCGUAUUUUCGUUUAAUUUUCGCUCCAAACUACAAUUACUUCGCGAUUAUUGCUCAGUGCAUAUCGAGUGCAGGCACACAAAGAGUUACCAGAACGGGAAAAGAGCCAUCGAAACGAUUGCGUACCAUGUACAAGCGCAAAACAGCGAGUAUUGUUAAAAGAGAAGGCAGCUCCGCAGCGGGCACCUCCUCAGCGAUGAAGAUGAUGAUGAUGGGCGCUGGCAACGUGGAUUCGGAUGAAUCUCAGGCCCAUUCGCAGACCUAUGAGCCCGUAUCCAUCAGCAUGGACACAUCCCCGGAUCCGCCCACGCCAAGCAAGUCCCCUUCGCAAUCACAAUCGCAGUCACAGCCGGGACAACAGCGCUCCGUGGGCUCCCUGGUCCUGCUCACCCAGAAGUUCGUGGAACUCAUGAAGGCCAACGGCGGCUCCAUCGAUCUGAAAGCGGCCACCAAAAUCUUGGACGUACAGAAGCGCCGAAUAUACGACAUUACCAAUGUUCUGGAGGGCAUUGGACUAAUAGAUAAGGGCAGACACUGCUCCCUAGUGCGCUGGCGCGGUGGGGGCUUUAACAAUGCCAAGGACCAGGAGGACUACGACAUGGCGCGUAGCCGGACCAAUCACCUGAAAAUGCUGGAGGAUGACCUAGACAAGCAACUGGAGUAUGCACAGCGCAAUCUGCGCUACGUAAUGCAGGAUCCCUCGAAUAGAUCAUACGCCUAUGUGACACGUGACGAUCUACUGGAUAUCUUUGGAGAUGACUCCGUAUUCACCAUACCCAACUAUGACGAGGAAGUGGAUAUCAAGCGAAAUCAUUACGAACUGGCCGUCUCGCUCGAUAAUGGCAGCACAAUCGACAUACGCCUGGUAACAAACCAGGGCAAGAGUACCACAAAUCCCCACGACGCGGACGGGUUCUUCGACUAUCGCCGCCUGGACACGCCCUCGCCCUCAACAUCGUCGCACUCCAGCGAGGAUGGUAACAACCUAGCGGGCACGGGGAACGUAAUUACCGAUGAGCAUGGGUACUCAUGCAAUCCCGAGAUGAAGGAUGAGAUGAAGAUCCUCGAAAACGAGCUGACGGCAAAGAUCAUCUUCCAAAAUUACCUGUCAGGGCACUCGCUGCGACGAUUUUAUCCUGAUGAUCCGAAUCAAGAAAACCCCCCGCUGGUGCAGCUGAAUCCACCCCAGGAAGACUUUAACUUUGCCUUGAAAAGCGACGAAGGAAUCUGCGAGUUGUUCGACGUACAAUGCUCCUAACUGCGGGUCGGCAUUUACUUCUUAGGACUCUAGCUCGACUGCAACUGGCCGCGUGCGUUGUGCAAAUAUUUAUGAUUAGUACAAUUCUGACUUUUGAUUUCUCUAUAUCGUCUAGAAAUUUUAAUUAGUUUAAUUCCUUGUAAUUUCGC